UUUUUAGUGCCACCUGUCGUUGCUGGAGGAACAUAUUGCUGCUCAGUCACACUCCCCUCAAAAUCCUAGGUUUCCAUAUUGAUUUCUGUCGGCAGGUCUCUGCCCUCCUGGACAGAUUUAACAUGGUUCAUCCAGCGUGGACCCGGAAGUUCCCUCUCCACACAAUGAGUGCGCUAGUCUAUUUUUUUCUUAUAUUUGUUUUCCCCAACCGGACGGUCGACUCUACGUGUCAGAAUGUGCUGUGCCCGAAGCGGGGGGACGAUUAUAGGCAGGGGCGGAUGGCGUCAUCAUCCCGCGCCUCGCCCUCUGGCUGGCGCUGUGUCCCUGCUGUGUCCAGGGCUUUACCGGUGGCAGGAUGGGGUUUUUGGCGGCUCCGCUCCUGAGGCGGCCGCUUCGCAGGCUGAAGCCAUUCAACAGGUUGCAGAUCAUACUUCAACACUUAAAUAUGUCCAAGACAGUGGAUUCUUCACCAGAGGUUCUGUUGGAAAAAAAAGGAUGUGCUGGAGUUAUAACUCUGAACAGACCCAAGACUCUGAAUGCAUGUACUCUUUCUAUGAUUCGACUGAUAUAUCCACAACUAAAGAAGUGGGAGCAGGAUCCCGACACUUUCCUAAUAAUCAUAAAGGGCGCUGGAGACAAAGCUUUCUGUGCAGGGGGUGAUAUCAGAGCUGUGACUGAAGCAGGAAGAAGUGGAAACAGAUUGACUGAAGAUUUCUUCAGAGAAGAAUACAUCUUGAACAAUGCCAUUGGCACCUGUCAGAAACCAUAUGUGGCACUUAUUGAUGGAAUUACAAUGGGAGGUGGUGUUGGUUUAUCUGUUCAUGGUCAAUUCAGAGUUGCUACGGAGAAGACUGUUUUUGCAAUGCCAGAAACAGCAAUAGGUCUUUUUCCUGAUGUUGGGGGAGGCUAUUUCUUGCCAAGACUUUCAGGGAAGCUGGGAUAUUUUCUUGCCCUGACGGGUUUUCGGUUGAAAGGUAGAGAUGUACACAAAGCAGGAGUUGCAACUCACUUUAUAGAAGCAGAGAAGAUGGCUGCUGUAGAAAAAGAUUUGUUGGAAUUGAAAUCGCCCUCAAGGGAAAAUGUUGCAGGCAUCUUGGACUCAUAUCAUAAGAAGUGCAAACUUGAUCAAGAAAAAGAGUUCAUUCUUGGUGAACACAUGGAUAAAAUUAACAGUCUCUUUUCAGCAAACAGCAUGGAAGAAAUCAUUCAAAAAUUGAGCAAGGAUGGCUCUCCUUUUGCACUUAAGCAACUAGAGACAAUUACCAAAAUGUCUCCAACAUCGUUAAAGAUUACCUUCAGGCAGCUUACGGAAGGUGCUUCCUUGAGCCUCCAGGAUGUGCUUAUCAUGGAGUACAGAUUGAGUCAAGCAUGUAUGAGAGGCCAUGACUUCUAUGAAGGUGUCCGAGCAGUGCUUAUUGACAAAGACCAGUCUCCAAAGUGGAAGCCAGCUACUCUAGAAGAAGUAACAGAUGAAUUUUUGGAUUCGUGCUUUAAGUCACUUGGAAGCAAUGAUCUUGAGUUACAAUAGACAGCUGCACAUCCCUGUGAUAUGGGUUCUUCCAUGCUUCCAUCAGAAAGGUCCAGUGAUGUGUUCUGCUCUUCCACAUUUCCUGCUAACCACAAUUAGACGUUUAUGUAUGAAGGCAUGGUCUUUCAGUUAACCUGCUCCCAGGAUACACAGAGCUUUGAAGAUAAGAAUCAGCAUUUGAAAUUGGAUCUGGAAACAAUUAGAAGCCAGUGCAAUUGAGGGAACCACUUGAAUGUUACCAAAGAUCUGAGCUCCUGUCAACACAAUGGAAAUUUCUGCUUAGUUCCAGGAGUAUAACCUAAACAGAAUGUACACCAACCAAUGGCCAACGGACUAGAGACUGCUGUAGAAAGUAACAAAUACAAAGGUGUUGGUGUGUGUAUGUGCAGAGAGCACCAGCACGCAUACUCCUUGCUCCAUUGAUGUGACAGGUGCUUUGUAGGUGUUUUCAUGCUUAUUUUCUGUUUCUUGGGUUUUUGCAGAUGCAGCGGCAGCCUCAAGUGAGAUUCUAUUGAUUUCAGCUAUAGCUGUGGUUAGUCAAUGAAAAUUGACAUUCACAAAUGAUUUGUUCUGUUUCUUGCACAUGGAUACAUUCUAUGCUUUUUUAUAUGCUUCUAUGGCACUUGUUUCCAUGGUAACAGAUGAUACCAUUUCAGAAUUUAGAUUUCUCUGAAGACUUAAGAAAUUGGAAGCUUAUGUGAAAAGAAACGGGUUCAGUGAUAGCAAGGAAGAAACAAAGUAGAAUAACCAACAGCCCUUUAAGUCAAGAUUUCAGAAUUGUAAGAUAAUUUAUCCUAACUACAACAGAUGGGGAGAAAACAGGCAUACAGCUUCCCUCCAAACAAAGUGAAUAUUGAUCUUUUGCCAGGAAGAGGAUUUCUCAGUAUCACCCCCCAUCCCACCUUCUACCAGUCCACCUCACUGCAUACUGCACUUUAUGGAAUACAAGACGAAGGCUCAUUCCUUUUGUUUCUAUUUUAGUUAUAUUAUUUUUCAUUCUUUUAUUUUUGAUUCACUUCUGAAUGAUCCUCCCCAUCCACAGAUGAUAGAAGAGAAGGUGGCAGACAAGGAAGAAACCUGUUCUUUUUUGCAUGCCACUCUGUCUUUGUGGUUUUCAUAGCCAUUUUUCAGCAUGAAAGGAAAAAAAUAUAUAUACAACUGUUUUCCUCCUGAUCAUUUUGGCAGAAAGAGGAUAAAUUCAAAUGUCUGACAAUAAUUAGCCUGGGCCUCUAUUUAUCAAAUUCUUAUCCCACUGUUUCCACAAGGACAUGGAAACAGACUGUCCUUUCAUCCAAGGCUAUUCAUGUGUUUCAUGUCAGGGUGGGAUUACUUUCUAGUCACUAUCCUGUCCCCUAAUGUCUGUAUUUAAAAUCUCCUAGCAAGUUCAGUGCCACAUCUAGCAUCCUGUUGGGUCUGUUCUUUAUACAGUGGUGCCCCGCAUAGCGAGGCUAUGCGGAAUCGUCGCUAAACGGGUAGGGGAAACGU